GCACUGGAUCUUCGUCCAGUUGACUCACCACCGGGAACACACCGUUCCGCCAAACCGUUAGUCUAACUUCGUUCUCUUUAGAGACAGAAAAAGACAGAGAGAGAGAGAGAGAGGGAAUUUUCUGUUUUUGUGAGGUUUUGAGGUUUGAGAAAGAAAACAAGGUUGGCAAAUGCAAAGAGGCUUUGUUUGUUGAAGAGCUUCUGAGGUUGUUUGUCGAUCAGAGAGAACGCGAAUCAAAAUGGUUAAUGAAGCAGUUGUGGAAAACGAGGAUUAUUCUUUGCUUGAGGAUUUGAGACUUGAAAUUGAAAUUGAUGAAAAAGAAGGAAGCUUUUCUCUUUGCUUUUGGCUUUACCUCCCGAACUCCACUACAUUCCCUGCUACAAUCAUUCACCAGGAAAACCCAGAUGGCAAAGUUGCUCCUUUUCUUGUUUUAAAUGAAAAGAAGAAGGUGAUGCUUCUGCCAUUGUUUCCUUUACACAAAGAAGUUCUGAAUGAUUCCAAUCCUGCUUCAUUGGGUGAAAUUCCGCAUGCAUUAAUGGAUGCUGAGCUUCCUACGGAAAAAUGGGUUCAUUUUGGAUGUGAGGUUUCUAAUAAUUUUUUACGGCUGCACAUUGAUGGGGAGAUGGUUGGAGAGAAGCCUCUAUCUUCUUUGUUAAAGGAAGAUUCCACUUCAAGUGUUUUGAGGAAGAUCAAUUUGGUUAGCAGAGGUGGAGAUGGAAACUGUGUGCUGGGUUACAUCAAGAAUCUGAAAGUUUUGUCUUUAACUUCAUCUAUUAAGGAACACUAUGCUAAGGACCCACCUCUACAAUUGUCUAUUGAUAAUUCCUCUACCACGGAGAUUGAAGAAGGCCUUGAUGGCAUUUGGAGUAUUGUUGGUGGCAAGGCAUCUUGUCGGAGGAAUUUUUCUUUGGAUGUUGUUUCCCUAGAUGCCUCUGGCCAGCCUAUAAGCAAGGAAAUGGAGGUUGUUGCUUCGCUUACGUAUGCAGACAAUGGGGCACCUGUUGAGCAAACAAGCGAUGGGGAAGCUCCUCUUUUAGCUAGCUUUGAUGGAAUUGAGUUUGAUUCUUGUGAUAGACCAACUAAACUGUUACAUGGGCGUGCAUCCUUUAGGCUCAAGAUAUCUCAGCUAUCAUCCAAAUGUGACAAUAGGCUUUUUCGCAUUAGGUUUGACGUCCGUAAGAUGGAAGAGUAUCCUUUUUUGAAGGCAUUGUCACCUCCUAUUCGUUGCAUCUCACGGAACCGGAAUCCUAGGGUAUCCUCCAAUACGUGGAAAAGAUCAAGCUCCGAUGUUCACCCAACUGGUAUAUCCCAGUCAUUUGUGUUGGAUGAAGAUAACUUGGAACUUCAGCACAAUUCUUUACGUGAAGCAAAACCCAGUUCAUUAUCAAAGUGUAUGAGGUCAGGACAAGAUAGAAUUUCUGCAACCUUGAGAGGUGAUCCCCCCUUGGAGCCACUAGAUGAGGAAUGCAAUUCUCAUGCAUGGACUGCCAAUCAGGUUGAGAAUGCUUUUGUGACAAGUUCAGUGAGGAGAUCUGAGAACAUCGAAGAAGCAGAUGACUCUUUAUCUUAUUCAGAGAGUGUUGAAGAGAAAAAUUCUACUCUCAAGAAUACAUCAAGUAAUAGAAAUCAAAUGUCAGAUAUGUCCAUAUUUAAAUACUCUCUGGCAGGCUUAGCUGAGAGGUCUCUUCUGCUCAAGGAGAUAGCAAACUCUGCUUCUAAUGAAGAGAUUUUAGAUUUUGCUGAUAAGGUUUCCUUGUAUUCGGGAUGUUCACACCAUAGGAACCAAAUAAUAAUGGCCAAAAGAUUGAUAGAAGAAGGAAGGAAAGCCUGGAAUUUAAUCUCACAAAAUAACCACCAUGUUCAGUGGGAAAGUAUGGUUUUUGAGAUUGAAGAACAAUUUAUGAAGAUUGCCGGUUGCAGUUCUAGAUCUCUCUCACAGCAGGACUUUGAGCUUUUGAGAAGAAUUGCUGGAUGCCAAGAAUAUGUGGCCCAGGAGAACUUUGAGCAGAUGUGGUGUUGGUUAUACCCUGUAGCUUUUACAUUAUCAAGAGAACCAAUAAAUGCAAUGUGGAGUUGUACAACACCCAAGUGGAUAGAAGGAUUUAUUACAAAAGAAGAGGCAGAAUCUUCACUUCAAGGUCCAAGGGGUCUUCAGGACCCGGGGACAUUUAUCCUUCGGUUUCCGACUUCAAGGAGCUGGCCCCACCCAGAUGCCGGUACCUUAGUUGUGACAUAUAUUGGCAGUGAUUACACUAUUCACCACAGACUGCUUUCUCCUGAUCACGCAUAUAGUUCUGCUGAAAGAGACGAAGAAGUGCAAUCACUACAAGACAUGCUUCUUGCAGAGCCCGAACUCUCUCGAUUGGGAAGGAUAAUAAGACGUCAAUGUGCGUGCUAGAGAUCCAUAAUAUGUGUGCUUUCGAAGAUAGUUUUUUUGGCCUUUUUUUUAAUGCUUUCUUUGAGCUUCUUUUGCACAUAAUUUCAUUCAUUGACAUGUUGAGAGAAUAGGAAAACAUGGAAUAGAGAAGAGAAAACUUUCGGAAAUUGUUACCUGCUGACUGCUUCAAGAAUUGGAUGGCACUCUACCAAAUCAAUUUGAAGUCAAAUUUAGAAGACCAUGGCUAUGGGGACCAUAAGCUGAACUGACAAGAAUAGGGAACAACUAAAGGAAGGAUUUAUACUCAGAAGAGUAGAAGGUGAAAGAGAGCAUUGAUUAUUGAAUUUUUCUUGUAUAUCCAUCAUAUGGGAUUUGGUAUCAGCUAGGCCUAACAUUUUGUUGUGGAAACUUUUACUGUAUCUAGGCCCCGAAGUGGAUAUUAUGGAACGUAAAGAUAAUAACAUUGCCUUGUAAAUUUCUAUCCGAAAAUACUAACUAUCCUACAGCUGCAA